GGUGUGCACACAGCCAGAGCGCACAGAAGACACGGCUGACCGCCACCGCCGCCAAGGGACCACACUCUCCUCCUCCAUCUGGACACAAAACUCUUUUUACGCAGUGACUCUGUUUCUACACUUUAUCCCGGAAACGCUUCUGAGCGCUUUGUUUCGACCUUUUGUGUCUCCAGUUUUCUUCCCCGCCUCGCGUCAAACAAUUAGAUCCGUUCACACAGUUGUUUGAGCAAGUUUUCAGCACCACGGGCAGAGCGGACAGCGCCGCAGCAUGGAGCCCUACACGGUCGCCGGAGAGCAGCUCUCCCUGUCCGACCUUUACUCCGUGAUCCCCUUCAAUGUGACCUUCGAGAGCGGCUUGGUGGACGACAGGCUGCAGAACUCCACCGAGCAGCAGACUCCGGUGAGGAGCACCGGGGGCAUGAUCAUAGCCAUAUCCAUCACGGCGCUCUACUCCGUUAUAUGCGUGGUCGGACUUCUGGGCAACGUCCUCGUCAUGUACGGGGUGGUCAGAUACACUAAGAUGAAGACUGCCACAAACAUCUACAUCUUCAACUUGGCUCUUGCUGACGCCUUGGCCACCAGCACGCUGCCCUUCCAGAGCGCCAAAUACCUCAUGAACAACUGGCCAUUUGGGGAAGUCCUGUGCAAGCUCAUUAUUGCCAUCGACUAUUACAACAUGUUCACAAGCAUCUUCACCCUGACGAUGAUGAGCGUGGAUCGCUACAUCGCCGUGUGCCACCCGGUCAGGGCGCUGGAGUUUCGGACGCCUGUCAAGGCUAAGAUGAUCAACGUGCUCAUCUGGGUCCUGUCCUCAGCGAUUGGCGUUCCCAUUAUGAUCAUGGCUGUGACCAAAGUGGCAGAAAAUGGUAAAACCACAUGCAUGCUGAAAUUCCCUGACCCUGACUGGUACUGGGACACUGUGACUAAGAUCUGCGUCUUCAUCUUUGCUUUUGUGGUUCCUGUGAUGGUCAUCACCAUAUGUUAUGGCCUGAUGAUCCUGCGUCUGAGGAGCGUCCGUUUGCUCUCUGGUUCUAAGGAGAAAGAUCGCAACAUGCGCCGCAUCACCCGUAUGGUCCUGGUAGUGGUGGCAGCCUUUAUCAUCUGCUGGACCCCCAUUCACAUAUUUAUCAUCGUGAAGACCAUGGUGGCGAUCGACACCAGGAAUCCCUUUGUGAUAGCUAGCUGGCACCUGUGCAUCGCCUUGGGCUACACCAACAGCAGCCUCAACCCCGUCCUCUACGCAUUUUUGGAUGAAAACUUUAAGCGAUGCUUCAGGGAUUUCUGCCUCCCCUGUCGGACCCGUGUGGAGCAGAACAGUCUGAUGAGUGGCCGAAACACCACCAGGGAGCCGGUGUCCGUGUGCGCUCCAACAGAAGCAGCGAAGAAGCCGGCAUGACUAGGCAUGGACUGGGUCCCCCACAGCUCUCGCUCGAGGAGGAUUCAACAAGAUCUGCAAUCAGAGGUCACCCAGAUCUCCACAACAGAGUUUUAAGAGAUCUUUGCAGGAAACAAUUUGACAGAAUCCUAUUGCUUAUUCUCUCCAAUUUGGCUGACAUACUGGGCAUUCAAAGGAAAAGCUCAAGCUGAUGGAUAACAAGUUUCACUCUAAUCUUACUUUUGUUUUAAAGUUUUUUCCUCUGAAGUUUUUUUCUCACAGAAAAUGUGAUGCCUUACAAAGGCACACUGAUAAUGAUGGCCCAAAGAGAAUAUCCAAAUCUAAAGGCAAGAAUAUGAAACAGAACUUCCCCGCCUCAUGAUUUAGAGUUUGAGAGUAGAGAACAUUUUGAUGAUGCAAGAAAAGACAAAAAAAAAAAAAACGCCUGCAGAUUUCUGACUUAUCAAGUAAAGAAUGCAUUGUUCAAACGCCACACAUCAUGGUACUGUAAUAGAACAGAGGACAAAAGUUUCAAACAAUGGCCUUUUUUGAUUCAAACAUUGUCACUUCAUCUAAGAAAUAUUUGCAGAAACUUGAAGAAAUGGUUGAGAUUUUGGUGAGUUUUUUGUGGUGAUUAAAAUCUGCAUCAGAAAGAAAAGUUCUUCACUUUUAACAUCAACAGAAAAUAAGUGAGCCUUACAGAACAGAACCACUCAACUGAUACCCACCGACAGCUGGAUGAUGAAUUACCGCAUAGUUUGUUGCACAACACGGUCAACCCCUCUCUACACAGACAAGUCUUGUUUGAUUUUCUGUAUGAUUCAGCAAACUUUUUGGGAGUCUCUUUUUUGUCAGUUUUUAUGCAAAAGGAGACACUUGCCGCUAGUUUUCUCCAUGUAGACCGAUAUAAAAUUCUGCCACCAUCAACUAUGUUGAAAGCGGAAUUUGGUCCUCUGUGUUCCCUGGAUUUAACAAAGCCUGUCAUAAAGGACAAGAACUCAUAACCAAGCCUGGUUUAUAUGGCUUCUUGCUCAGAUCGAAAAAGCAAGAAUAGCUUCAAACCACUGAUGCUUGGAUGUCUGUGGGCUUCUUUUCUGCUCUCCUACUUGACUUUCAUGGGCAUUGUCAAUCUUGCACAAAGCCUCUGACCAGAAUCACUGAAGAAUGAUAAACCUGCCACUGCAGAACACUGUUGGCAACCACAACACUUCACUCAGCUUACUGCUAUGUUGUUUAAACCAGAUAUAAAGUAAAGGAAAAAGGCGCAAGUUGGACUGAGAGCAGGUGCAUCACAAUGCUGAAAGAGACACCUGUCCUGAUGUCAACAAAUGACUCCAAGGAGAUUAUUGAUAUACGUUUUAAAUUAGAAAAAUGUCUGUCAUCUGUCACAUUGAAUAUCUGUGACACAGACACUGAAUGGCAUUAACCAGCGCAGUAAAUCAUUCAGGGUAAUUUAUGUACCCCAACAGAUCCUGACACCAAUCAAAUUGGAGACAUCAAUCAAUGGAUACCAUAAAGUUAAUGACCAUUUCAUCCUUGCAUACCAGAGGAGGUAUGUCAGAGGUAAUACUAAUAAUAUUAAUAAUCCUGAUUUUAUUGGAAUUUGUUCCCAUGUUGAAAGUUUUUCAAGGCCAAAUACGGUAUAUGUUGACAUGUAAACAUGUAAGAAUAUUGCAUAGUUUUGAUUGGCGUUGGAAUGUGAAGUCGGCUUUAUGACAAAUGAGGUUAAUUCAAAACUGACAGAACACAUGCUGGCCAGGUAUUAAUCAUAGAGGGUAAAUAAAGGAAAUUUUAAAAAAACAACAAAUGUGAAUUUGUAGAUAAUUUAAAGCUUUUGCAUUUGAACACAUUUGGCUUCAGCCACAGUUAAAAUGAUCAUGAGGUGCCUGUGAUUCUGUACGCUUUCUUUCCACUUUGGAUCUUGAUAUUUCAUCACCAUGCUUUUGAUUCAUGUGGCUCUAAAUGAAAAGGAGCACAGCAAAAAGGGUGUAAAGACAAUAGUCCAAUGCUUGGAAAUGAAUUUCUGCUGUUUACAGAUUUAGCAGCUGCCUAAAGGUUAACUGUAGAUUUCCCCACAGACUGAGAGAGACAUUAAAUAUUGACUAUUCUGUGUGCAGCAGGAGAUGGACAUUUUUGCUGUGUGAUCCAUUCCUGCAUAUUUUCUUACAGUGAGUGUCGAUUUAAAGUGUUGUGUACUGUAUAUACCUGCUCUGCUUAGCUUUGACCAAGUGCUGCGUCUGUCGGGUGUGCAGAAUGUUUCUCAGCUGCCAUUAUUUUUGUAAAAUCAAGUUUAAUGAGGGCAGAAUGUACAGAAUUAGUUUUAAAAAAAAAAAAAAGAAUGACGUGCAAGUUAUUAUAUUUUGACACUAACAAUACAUCGAUAGAUUAAAAUUAGAGUAAUGAAUCAUGUGAAUUCUGGGUAUGAUUAAAGGUAAAAUUUACACUACUGUUCAAAAGUUUGGGGUCACCCUGGCAAGUUCAUGUUUUCCAUGAAAACUCAAUUAGUCUGUUAGCAUGAUUAGCUAGCACAAUAUACCAUAAGACCACAGGAGUGAUGGUUGCUGGAAAUGGGCCUCUGUACCCCUAUGUCGAUAUUCUAUUAAAAAUCAGCUGUUUCCAGCUAGAACAGUCAUUUAACACAUUAACAAUGUCUAGACUCUAUUUCUGAUUAAUUUAAUGUUAUCUUCAUUGUCUUUUUACAAAAAAAAUAAGGACAUUUCUAAGUGACCCCAAACUUUGGAAUGGUAGUAUGUGUGUCAUUUUAUCACGUGAACGACUGACUAAAAAUGUUUGUCUUCACAUUGUACAUUUGUAUUCUUUUAGAGGCAGUGAGUUUCUAUUGGUAGAUAUAGUGCAAAAAACCUGUUGCCCUUUUGUCUAUGUGACCGAGUCUAAAAGGAACAGUGGGCAGCGUUACACCACCUCAUCACACAAUGUGACAGUGAUAAAGUGAGGGUAUCCAAGCGUAACCGACCAAUUCUGGUCAUCUAAUGUUGCCUUAUUGGUUGUGGGGAUUACGAGCUUUACUGGCAACCAUUUGGAUCCCCGGGGAUCACAGCUCUAAACUCUGUCUGCUGCAGCUCCCUGUUGUCCUCUGACCUCCACUAUCAGCAAAUAUGGACAAACUAAAAGUUAUCAAAGAAGCGGUAAGGUUAAAGUGUUUCUCAGAUUCCCUUAAAUGUGUGUUUUCCUCAGCAGCUUACAAAAUAAAUUGCAAUUUGCGAAGCAAUCAAGCAGUACUCCAUUAAAAAUAAUUACCAAAUUUGCCACUGUAAUGAGCUUUAAUUAGUGAAAGUAAACAGCAAAAAUGAAAAUCAAAAUGAAAUAGCUGACCAAACGACAUCAAAUUCGCUCACACCAAAUUAAUGAGAUGUUAAUUUACUAAUCAGGAUCAAAGAACCGUAAAUAAUUUGAUGACUAAACAGCAAACAAAGGCCAAAUCUGCUGUAGAACUGUGAACAGUAGGAUGGUACAACCUGAACAACUGAAAUACAACAGAACCCCCUACAGAGACAAAUACUGUCUCAGUGUCUGUGCACUUUCAUGUGUCCAAAGACCACACUCAGGACCAGGAUGAUAGUCUUUCCUCUAUGAUGCUGUGAAUUGUACAAACAGGGAUAAUGGCAUACAUUUUCAGGCAGGCUUUCCUUGAGGCAUUUGUGGUGUUGCGCUCGGUUACUAACACAAAAAAUGAAAUAAGUGUUGGUGUUAGUAUGAAAAAAGAGCUUCAUUCGCAAUAGAGUGUAGGCUAACUGUGAUUUUGUUGGUUUUGGGCAGCGUGAAAUUGUCAAUUUCAGACUGUCGUUGCAACAUCUGAAAGAAGGGCGAUCCAACAAACGCUUCAUUUGAAGCGUACUAAGACCUUUACUCAUGUAACUGCAAAGCAUGUUACUUUGACACAUGGUAGAUUUCGGUUUACAGUGGAUUCAUUUCAACAAAGCUAUGACGCUGCCCUCACCAAGCCAAUACAGGUUUGAAAAACAGCCAACACUGUCUCUACAGAAUGACAUUCCUAUGCAUCUAAAGUGCAUUCUGAAAUACAUUUUGAGAGGAAGGUUAUUUCAUUGUGAAAUAAACGUAAUUUGUCAUCUGUGACAUCGCAGGAAAGAUGGACAGUUUGAAAGAGCCACUAGAUCUGCAGCAGGACGUAGAAUGAGAAGAGAGAUUGUCAGCCAGAAGAUCAAGGUUCAUGUACUCUGAUGGAUGAAAGACCAUCAGUCUCAGACUAAGGUUUUGUUUUCUGCCAUGUUUUACUUUUGGUUUUUACUAACCUUCUGCUUAGGUUGAGAAAAAUAACAGGUUUUUUUUUAUUUUUUUUUUUUUAUACACAUUCUUACAAGCUUGUUUAAGGAAAAUUACUUGGUUAAGGCUGGAAUAUACUUUCCGCACGAACGAGCCGCGCGGAAAUCAGCUGCACGGAAAUCCGUGCGAGAGAACUAUUACCUGAUGAUUAUUUGUUGACAUCAUCCAUCAGUGUGAUCCUUGACAUCCAGAUUUGUUGCAUUCUGUUAAUUAAGUUUCUAAAGACUGCAGCAUAUGGGACAGGGAAAGAUGAGGGAAAUGAGGUGGAGCUACACAUGCUGAGCAGAAUUUCUAGUGUUUGUUAAGAAAUGCUACUAAAAAAGUCAAAUUUAGUUGAUGGCCCCUUUAAUCUUCUUUCUUUCCUUUUUUUGUACACUUGUAACCUAAAAUGCAUUAGUAUCAUUUGCUCUUUUCUCAUUUUUCUAUUCGGUAUACAACUGCUUAACACUGUAAACAGAAUCCUGAAAAGUCUGUGUGAAUAGAAAUAAUUGUACAUUUGUGCAAGAUGCUAAUUUGUUGUAUUUCCACUGACUGCAGUGCAGUGUGUGAGGCAAUUGUGCUGACCAUACUUGGUUCUCUUCCAGUUCUUUUGCAGUGUUAACAUAUUAUUUCUUAGCUUCUUCUGGUGCAAAUGUUGUAUGAAACAUUUCUAAUACAGCAGCUGUGUUUCGAGCAUAACUUUAACUGUUGGCAAAAAAAAAGAAAAUAAAAUGAAGCUGAGAGAAAACUG